CCUUUAAGUACUUCCGUUGGCGACUUGAGCAAGCAGGAAGAACACUGAGACGGCUUGAAAGAUGGCGGCGCACACGCAGAAGAACAACAAACCGGGGAAACCUGGAGGAAAAGAGGCUCAGCCUCUGAUAAUCGCCAAAACUCCGGCGGAGGAACAGCGUCUUAAGUUGGAGAGGUUAAUGCGAAACCCUGAAAAGCCUGCUCCCAUCCCGGACCGACCCAAAGAAUGGAACCCGCGGGCUCCGCCGGAGUUCGUGCGGGAUGUGAUGGGCUCCAGCGCCGGCGCAGGCAGCGGGGAGUUCCAUGUUUAUCGACACCUCCGCCGCAGAGAGUACCAGAGGCAGGACUUUCUGGACAAGAUAGCAGAGAAGCAAGAUAACGACGAGGCAUAUCUGGAAAAGCUGGAACAAAAUAAACAGGCUGCCGAGGAGAAAACGGCUAAGCGCAGGAAGAAGCGGGAAAAGCUGAAGCAGAAGAAGCUGAUGGCGAAGAAGGCGAAGCUAGAAGCUAAAAAUAAGAAAGACGACAACGACAAGAGCUCGGACAGCAGUGAAGAAGAGGAGGAGGAGGAGGAGGAAAGAGAGGCUGAGGAUGAUGCCGAGGCUCCAAGUUUCAUCAUGGGGAAGAGAUGAGGGGGCGAUACAUCAGGAAAUCAUCGAGGAUAUGGCCUCUAGACUCACUUAACAUUUGGAUUCUGUACAAAAGGAAGCAAAAUGACCCACUGCAUAGACGAAAAACUGUAUUGGUGGACCAUCGGACUUGGCGGAUAGUGCCUAGUUUAAUAGGCAGGAGACCCCCUCUGAGUGUGUGAUUUUAAACAGCCGGUGGUGAUCAGUGUCGCAGUGGGAAAGAGAACAUGUCGAGACGCUUCAGAUUCAUUAUGCUUUUGAUGAAGUGUGUGCAAAUCUCAUCUUUCAGCUAGCCCUCAAAAAUUGGAUUGUUGGAAAGUUUGUAAUCUUUGUUUUUUUAUGCAACAUUGUGUUUUAAUAAAAAUGAGACUGUA